UAUGCUCAAUAUACAAUUUUCAUUUGUCAUUUAGGAAGUUCUUUAUUGUAAAGAUAAUUCUUUUAUCUAAUGGCAAACAACAGAUAAUUAUUCUGGAUCUCCACACUGGAUGAAUUCUGUUCCUUCUGUAUUUCUGGGGUAAAGUCCUGUUAUUUCUUCAGUGUCUGCUGGACCCUGAUGCAUCAACAGACCUGACAUUUACUCCCUUUAGAAUGCGGAGAAGUCAGAGAAGAGUUUGAUAGUAGUCCUGCUGAUUCCAAAGCUUCUGAGGCUCCAAGUGUAGGAUUGUAUCUACUACCAGAGAACCUUAUUAAUGUAGCAUGUGACUUUGUUAACUAAAUGUCCCUGCUGCUGGACACCACCUUGCUGCCUAUCACCUGUCUCACUGUGUUUUGAUGACUGGGUCUCUUCCACUGGGCCUGACCAGGAUCAUGGAUUUCUCCAUAAGCAUCAUAGCCCUUGUCUUCCACUGCCAAAUGGGCUAAUAUACUUGUGCACAUACCACCAGGUGAAGACAGUUGACAUUCAGAGUGGCCCAUGUGGGUACAUAAAGAGCUGUUCUGAGGAUAGGUGCUGAGUAGAUGUGGCCAAGUUUCCAGAGUCCCCAUUUCAGCAAUCCUCCUGCCUCUGUCUCCAGAGUGUUGUGAUUGCAAGUGUGCCUCAGCUCAUUAGUGCACCUUUCUAAGUCACAAGCUGCCCCUGCUUAAUGUUGUCAGCCAGAAUCUCCAGUAAUAGAGGCUGAAGAAAAGAUUUGGGAGCCAGGUAGUGGAGGUACACUUCUUUAAUCCCAGCACUUAGUUAGCAGAGGCAGGUGGAUCUCUGUGAGUUCAAGGCUGCCCUGGCCAGCAGGGCACAAUGAAGGUCUAGCCCAUGGGAACCUGGAAUGACAGGACAAGAGACACGAGAAACGGACAGCACAACAUGGCUGAUCAAGCUGCAAGAUUUUAUUUUUCUCAGGCCUGUUAUAUAGCGGUUAGGGUGGGAAAGUAGGUAGGGAGGAGCAAUCAAAGGAGAGGGGUCGUUGCCUAGUAACCAGGCCACAGGAUGUUCUUAGAAGGUGAGCAGAUAACAGGUGUUGGCAAGGUGAAGGGUCGCAGAAGGAGGGGUUGUUAAGUGAUCUAAUUGUGGAAUGUUUCCUUUUUUGCCAUCAGCCAUUCCUGUGAGCCCAAGUUCUACUUGUCAGGAAGCUGGGGAGGGGGAAGAAGGUUGAUUGGGACUAAAGGCAUGCUGACUGUAACACUGCUGAGCUGUACCCUGCUGCUGCUGGCACUGCCUCCCACGCUGGGGGUCCAGAUGGGCUUGGAACCCCUGGAAGGCAUCAGAAGGCCUGGCCAGGCCCUGUUCCCACAAUUCCCAGGUCUAAGUCUGAAUGGCCGGAAGAGGACAAUUGCAGACCGAGCGGAAGAGGCUCUUUUGCAGAAGGCAGAAGCGUUGGCGGAGGUGCUAGAUCCACAGAAUCGCGAGUCUCGUUCUCCGCGUCGCUGUGUAAGGCUGCACGAGUCCUGCCUGGGACAACAAGUGCCUUGCUGCGACCCGUGCGCCACGUGCUACUGCCGCUUCUUCAACGCCUUUUGCUACUGCCGCAAGCUGGGCCCUGCCACGAAUCUCUGCAGCCGCACCUAGUCAACGGAUGUUGGGCAAAGGCUGGGUCGCGAAUAAAAGACGGGACCAACCCUAAA